AUGACUUAUCCAUCGCCAAAACGGCGGCGUAUAUCCCAAACUAGCGACUACCUCUCAUUCUUAAGCGAUGAAGUUUUAUUGCAUAUCCUAUCUUACCUACCGAUACCCGCUUUGCUAAAAUGUCAGAGAGUGUCCCGUCGCUUCCACACUUUAGCCGGAGACUCGGAGCUAUGGAAGCGACAGUAUUAUUCUCGAUGGGUACGACCUCGAGCACGUCGCUUACCGAGAGUGAGACGUGCCACCCCUCAACUUUCGAGGCUUGAAUACUCGCCUAAAGUAUCUACGUGGCUUGACCACAGUCAUCUGGCAAGAGAAGGCAGCAAUACAAAUUGGAAAAAACAAUAUCGCCUUAGACACAAUUGGUCCAAGGGGAUAUGCCGUGUAACCGCAGUUGAGUUGCCUCAAUCUCCACAACCACCAAUCUUGGUACAAUUUUGUGCUGGGCUUGUGUUUGUAGCAGAUUCCGCUCAUGGGCUUAGAGUUUGGCACGCGGACAAUACAAACUCUUGCUUAGCAAGUGUACCUUUCACGAACGCCACCACACAAGCAUCUAUAGUACCCACGUCAUUAAAAGCAACUUACUGUUCACAGCAAAAUGUGGCCAGAAUUGCUGUCGGAUUUAAAAGCGGUUGUUUUAGUGUGUAUAACAUGGACAUUAGAGCCUUACGAUUGAAGUUGGGACUCACGUACACUACUUCCACUGAUCGGGCAAUAACAGGGAUGGCUCUGUCAUUCCCGUAUAUCUUAAUGGUAUCCCAAUGCAAUGUGCUAUCGUUAUUUGGUAUCCAAACUAUCAAUGAGAACUCGGACCACAAUCCCGUCGAAUUGAUGGAGAAGGCCUACAUCCUUGCAACACUCAAAGCCGAAAGCAUAUUGGCGCCCAUGUCAUUGUCUGUGCGUGUUGCAGGCUCAGAAAUCAUAGCUUCCAUAGCGUACAGCUUUUACCACAUCGGUUGUGGUUGGUCCAUAGGGGUACAAGAACUACAUUUCAAUAGAGGCGGCCAGCAGAUCAGCUCGCGACUCACAACCACAGUGGACUGUCAAUAUGGUGCGAUACCGUUACGCCCCUCUAGCCGGGUAUCAGACGAGCAACAACUUUCACUGAGCAGUGAUCUGUAUGAGUGGCCUACUGGGCCAUCGAUUUUACAUCGACAGCCUCCAACUUCGAUCUCCUAUUCGCACCCGUACCUCUUGACCUCUCACGCAGACAACACCUUGACUGUGUACCUUGUUGUUUCUACAACAACAAAUCUUCAUGUCAAAGGCGGCCAGAGACUCUGGGGCCACACCACGUCGGUUGCAGCCGUACAAGUCGGUGAUCACGGUAAAGCAGUAUCUGUUAGCUCUCGUGGUGAUGAAAUUCGAAUAUGGGAACUCGAGCCAUUGAUCUCUUAUUUCGGAACGCAAAGGAUAUUAGAGGAAAAAAGCAUCCAAGUUAGCCCUGAGAACAAGCAAUGUCGGAAGUAUGAGAACUUCGGUGUAUUAUCAGGAGUCUCUCGUUGCGAGGUCAGUGGGGAUCAGUCCUCUUCUCUGGAAAGGUCAUACGAAUUGGACGGGAUACGAGGCUGCAUUGGAUUUGAUGAUGAGCGUGUGCUUCUGCUACGAGAACGGAAUAUCGGAAACCAACUUCUAGAAUUAUAUGACUUCACAUGA